CAAACACACCGUGUCAUAAAGGAGAGCUGAGAGCAGAGCAACUCCUCCAACAUGGCUGCACCUUCAUUCACCAACAACAUUUGGUUUGAGGCAGCGUCCACCACAGCGCAGCGCGGUGACAGUGUGAAAUGAAUACCAACCGCCAGGUGAAGCACAAACGAGAAAGACUCGUUUCGGACAGAAUACCUUGGAAAGCGAGACGGUGAGCAGCGAGCGAGGUUAGCAGCGCUGGUCACCGCUGAGCUGAGAGGAUUACCCGCCUACAUGGGGCUCAGCGCGUCUCCUCAGGGAGCGGCGAAGGAGCGUCAGCAAUGGAGCCUGUCACAUUCCAGCCGCUGACCCGAGCCGCCAUCUGUGGCGGCACGCACGGCAACGAGAUGUCUGGGAUCUCCAUCAUCAGAGAACUCCAGAACAAGAAGGUGGAGAAGACGGGCUCUGUUUCUGUGACCCCCAUUUUGUCAAACCCCCGAGCUGUGGACGCCUGUCGGAGAUACAUCGACACGGACCUCAACCGCUGCUUCACCAAGUCGUUGCUGAGCGCUCCUACUUCAGAGUCCAGCCCCUAUGAGCUGAAGAGGGCUCAGGAGCUGAACCGCCUGGUGGGACCAAAGGGCAGUCCAGAAGCUAUGGACCUGGUUUGUGACCUACACAACACCACUGCCAACAUGGGUCUAACCGCCAUCAUGAAUCAUGGCGAUGUGAUCGCGCUGCACAUCGGUAAAUACAUUCAGAGUAAAACUACCUCAGGACCGCUGAGAAUCAUUCAGAUUCCUUCCACCACCGAGUCCUAUUCGCUGGAGUCGGUGGGCAAACACGGCAUCUCGAUAGAAGUCGGGCCUCAACCCAACGGUGUCAUCAGAGCGGACAUCUACGCUGCGAUGAAAGAAGCUGUGGACCUCACGCUUGAAUGGCUUCAGAGUUUCAACGCUGGGACCACUUUUGAAGCAGGUGAGGUGGAAGUCUACGUUCAUGACGGCGCCGUGGAUUACCCCAGAGACCCAGAGACUCAAGAGAUCACAGCUGCUGUUCACCCUCAGCUACAGGACAAUGACUUCAAGCUGCUGCAGGCCGGCGACCCCAUCUUCAAGUCCUUCGCCGGGGAGACGGUGACCUACGAGGGCGAGCCGAUCUACCCCUUCUUUGUCAACGAAUGUGCCUACUAUGAGAAGAAAGUGGCCUUCACACUGGCUCAGAAGCUCUCAGUGUCUUUCCCAGCUGUGCGAGUGCAAGUGUGAAGAAUGUGUGUAGAUGGUUAAACAUCAGGCGACUCCACCACUGUGAAGCCAGGUGAAGAUGUAAGCGUCAGCCUGCCAGUGAGUUCCACCUGCGGUACCUACCUCUUCAGUGCCACCUGGUCUUACCUGACCAAGCUAUAAUGUAAACUCAGGAACCACUAUUGAUCACAGGUGCAAUUCUAUUUCAUUUCAUUACUUUUGACGCACAGCUGUAGCCGAUCUAUGCAAUAACAGGAAUAAAUCUGUGAAGGUUUGGCCUCUUUUUCUUUUGUCAUUUGUCUAAUUAGAAAUAAGAUUUGAUUUUCACAGGAACUAAUAAAGGCCAUCUAAUCUAAAUUUUA